AUGGCAAAUCCGAAUCAAUACAUGACUGAAAUUGAAAUGGAGAGUUGGAGUCUUGAUGAAAUUGAGACGCGUAUUCGAGAUAAAAUUCAACAAACAACUUCGCGUAGCUCGGACACAUUUCGUCAAGCAUUUAAAAUCUUUAAAAAAGCGAGACACGUGACCAUGGACGAGUUUCGAGAGCGUCUUCUUGCUCUUGGUUUUCGGUUAACGCCAGAUCAGUGUCGAGGAUUGUUCAAACGGUACGAUACAGACAAAAGUAAUGACUUGGAUCUACAGGAAUUUUGCUUGAAGAUUUUGCCUCCCGAUUACACGCAUGAUGGAGAUCACUGGUCACAUUCGGAGAAGUUUAAAAAGGAGUCGCAACGACAGAAAUUGGAUUAUGUCAAACGAUCGAAGAAUGGGUUGAUCAUGCUUCCGAAAUUUAUCGAAGCGCAUCGAUUCUCUCGUGGUCAUCGUGCAACCCGUUUGUUUCAGAAAAAGCUCAUGAAAGAAGCUCAGCCAACUGACAAAUGUAAAGAAGGAAACAGUAUGUCCGACGGAACUCGACCAUCAACCAGUUCAUCCAUUGUUGAAAAUUCGAUUCAACCUUUAAUACCUCGACCUCCGUCUGUGUCUCGUCCUCUGUCAGUGGCAACUGAAAGUUGUGGUUUACAGCAUUCUUUGAGUCCUCGCCACAGCAUAGGUCGAAUUGCCCCUAUAUUGCCUACAGAUGGAAAGUCACAAGGGUCAUGUACUUCACGCAAUAUUCGUGUAGCAGAUUCACCGACGCACGCAACCCCUCCACCAUCAGCGCGCAUGGUGUCUCUCUCUCGUCCGAUAUCUCCCCGGGUGGUUGACUCUCUAGCUUCACCUCAAUCUUCUAGUCCCUCACGAUUAAAUUCUCCUAAAGCUAGUGAGCCAGCGAUUGGGUAUGAAGACGAGGAAAUUCUUGUUGACGAAUGCAAAUCACAAGAUCUAGCUCAAGCCAAGCUGAUGUCGCCUAACCGGCGCAGGCUUGGCACACCAAAUCGUCACCAGCGCUUUUCAAUAGAUCCUUAUACUUCCAAUCAAGACUUAAUACGUCCAGCGGAGACUGUAGCUGAGUGUUCGACAAGCUCUUCAGGUGGUGCUUUGAAAACAGCAAAGCACAUGCCGCAAAGAAAUCACGUUUUGCUCAUCAAGCGCUUGAUGCAAGCAGCCAAAAAAAGAGCUGAGUUGAAGAAUGGCAAACGAUUGAAUUGUGCGCGUCGGUGA